AUGAGUACGUCAAAGAAAGCGUGCAAUAGCACCGAGUAUGUGAUCGUUGGUGGGGGCAUUGCGGCAGUGUGUUGUGCCGAAGAGAUACGCUCGAUCGACUCAAACGCUCCGAUCACUUUAAUCACUGCUACACCCUUACUCAAAGUUGUCACCAAUCGUCUCCUGAUCGGUCAACUCACAGAGUCAUUUGAUGUGUGCGAGAAGGAGGCGAGCAGCACGUUUACGAACGAGACAAAUAUUAAAAUUAUUACCAAUAAAGUUGUCCAGUGGAACGCCAAGCAAAAGAAUCUGAAAACAGAAAGUGGUGAUGAAAUAAGCUAUGAUAAGUUGUGUAUCGCGACCGGCGGUCGUCCCAAGCAUCGUUGGUCUCAUCCGCAAAUCAUCUCAAUUCGUGACACCGAAACACUUGAUCGAUUACGGGAUAAAAUGAAGAACGCAAAGCGUAUUGUGGUCGUUGGCAAUGGAGGUAUUGCCACUGAAGUUGUUUAUGAACUGAAAAAUGUGGAAAUAAUUUGGGCAAUUCGACAUGAGUCUAUAUCAGCGACAUUUUUCGACGAAGGAGCUGCAGAAUUUUUUAAGCCGAUGCUAAGUGAGGGACGUCGUGAUCACAAAGCAACAACGGUGGUGAUGCAACGAAACAAAAAUGGAGAGUAUGAUAAUACUGAGCCGAUAUCGUGCGAUAUUUAUAAAAAUUCGGCGAAUGUGACCACUGCACAACAAAGUAUAUCAUCGAUUCGAAAUAAUACUUCUACUACUGCAACUGCUGCUGACAUUUCAAAACGUCGUUUUCGUAUUGACGUUGAUAAUGAUAAACAAAAAGUUGAUAGUGAAACAAUUGGCUGUGCAUUAGGACCGCACUGGGCGGUCACUUCUGAUAUCACGGGGAGUUUGAAGGAGAGAUCAGUGCAUGUAAUAUACAACGUUGAGAUGGAAUCAAUUGUUAAUGCUGACGAAGCUGAAACGAGUGAGCAACAAGGAGCAUGGUUUACUGGUGACUGGCCACUAUAUGUUCGUUUAAGUGACGGUCAGAUUUUGGGUACGGACAUUCUCAUUAACGCAACUGGUGUGGAGCCAAAUUCGAAGAUGUGGAAGGAGCAGUGUGAUGAGUUGAUUCUAGCGACCGACGAAGGUAUUAUUGUUAAUGAGCACAUGAUGACUUCUGUCCCAGAUGUGUACGCUUGUGGUGAUGUAUGUACGGCUGUCUGGAAAUGGGCUGAUCACUGGAUGCAAAUGCGACUAUGGACUCAAGCGCGUCAAAUGGGUGCAUAUUGUGGACGUGCGAUGGUUCUCCGUGAAAUACAACUCGACUUUUGUUUUGAGUUGUUCACUCAUGUAACACACUUCUUUGGAUUUAAGGUGAUAUUUUUGGGCCGCUUUAACGGCGAUGGUGUACCGAAGCCAUGGCAUGCGCUAAUGAGGAUCACAAAAAAUGAGGAAUAUAUUAAGAUUAUCGUUCAUAAUGGACGCGUACAAGGGAAGUUGUACAGUGCUCACUUCAAAGAAAAAUUAGACAUUUUAGGUGCUGUUUUGGUGGGUGAAACCGAGUUAGAAGAUAUGGUCGAGAAUCUCAUUCUGAAUCAGAUUGAUAUCAGCGAUUUGGAGGAUGACCUCCUAGACCCGGCAAUUGAUAUUGGCGAUUAUUUUGACUGA